CCUGAACGGUCACCCUUUCCUCCUCUGUAGAGAUGCUGCCUGACCUGCUGAGAUACUCCAGCACUCUGUGUCUCUCUUCAAUAUGUAACUUGGCUGGGCAAGCGUAGAACUCGAGGGGUUAACUUCGAGACAAACAUUGAAACUGAAAGUAAGUGAUUUCCUGGAAUCCACGUUCUUCCUUUCUGACCUGGCUCUGCAUCUUUGCUCUGCACUGUUGGGACGAGGCAGAAUGGCGGCUGCAGGCUUGACGGAAGAAUUGACCUGUGCGGUGUGUCUGGGCUUGUACCAGGACCCUGUGGCACUGCCCUGCCAGCACAGUUUCUGUGCCAAAUGUAUCAGCGAUGCAUGGGACCAUUCGGAGUCCAUGUGUGGGGUUGACUGUCCAGAAUGUCGCAGAACCUUCGACCCCAGGCCCGACCUAGUGAAGAACUGCACUCUGCAGAACAUCGUGGAGAAAUACAGCCAGAGCCAGCCCACUGCCUCUGCUGCCCGGCCCAGUCCCGUGAUGUGUGAUAACUGUAUCGACAGCCCAUCCCCGGCUGUGAAGACGUGCCUCAGAUGUGAAACUUCCUUCUGCUCCCAUCAUCUGCAGCCGCAUCUGACCAAGCAGAUCUACAAGGACCACGGGCUGAUCGAGCCCAUUGCCGACUUCACCACCAGGCAGUGCCCAACUCAUAAGAAGGUUCUUGAGUUCUUCUGCGAGCAGGACGAGGAAUGUGUGUGUAUAUCCUGCACUGUCAUCGGGAAACACAAAUCACACUCUCUGUUGACUGUGGAGGAAGCAAAGGACAAAAUGAAGGAGAAACUCCAGAGCGAGGUCAAGAAUCUUCAUGAACGUCAGGCCGAUUACACAACGAGACAGCUGAGCCUAAAACAACAAGAAAGUGAAAUAAAGAAGGACAUCAAGGAGAUGAAGGAAAAACUAUCGACUGAGUUCUCCGGAUGGAGGAAGCAAUUGGAAGAAGAUGAGAAGACUGUACUGAAGGCGAUCGAUGAUGAGGAACACCGAGUACUCUCCCACAUCAAGAACGAAUCUGACUCGUUGGUAGAAAAGAUGGAUAAACGUCAACUAAUAGAUAAGGAAUCCCAAGACCAAGACCAGAAGGAUGCUCUCUCUUUUAUUCAGGACGUGAAGCAGCUCAUUACGAGAUGCUCACAGCUUGGCAAUAUCACACCAACCCCAGAGGUCGCUGUGCAUCUGCCCAACACGGAUUAUAUGUACAAUACGACUAGGUCCAACAACUAUGGGCACAACAGAGCUUUUCAAUAUGGCUCAGUGAUUAUUGAUCAAAACUAUGGUGAUGGCAAUACCAUGGUAUUGUCACAAGCACAGAGAAACACGACAACUCAGGAUGUCCGCGUGGACUGGUCCACCAUCAGGGCUUCUUUCCAAAUGAAGAUGAACGAAUAUCAAAAGUACCAAAGAAGCAUCCUGGAUACUAUGAAUUGAAAAUCUUCUCAGGUAGAAGAGUUACAAGUGCUGAUCCAUGCUUCUG